AUGGAACCUUAUUUAAAACAGUACCACGAUGAAGAGAUCACUGAUCUGCUCAACAAUCCCGAUGAUUUGUUGCACGUUUGUAUUCGCGUCAACCUAACGCAUCUCCAACGCAAACAACCGCAGCUGUUUACCAACCUCUUUCAGGAUACUACAGCGGAGCUUACUCGCUGGAACGAAUGUUUGCUGCGCGCGCAAAAGGCACUCAUCGAGGGAAACUUGUUCCUGGAGCCUGGAUUUCAAAUAAAGCAAAACUGUCACGUGCGGUUCGUGAAUUUGCCGAUUUCGCCGGCGGACUUACGAAAGGCAGCCUAUCCGAGCAUCAACAACGUCGGUCAGUUCCUUCAAGUAAAAGGCAGUGUCACGCGUAUGACUACCAGCCGGUUUCUCGAGUUUAAGCGUAAGUAUGUGUGCACGCGCUGCAAACAAACUGUGCUGCUUGAGGCGGAUUACACCAAGUCGUACGUGUUCGAUCCUCCUGGUCCCUGUCCAAAUGCGCGAGAGGCCGGAUGCCGCGGUCAGCUGCAACCAAUAUCAAGCCAGCCAGAGCCAGAGUAUUGCCGUGACUACCAGGAGAUACGUAUCCAGGAGAUCAUGAGCGAACGAAACGUACCGGCCUCGUUGGUGGUAACACUUGAGGAUGACCUUGUUGACUGCUGCCAACCGGGAGAUUGUGUGACGAUUUGUGGACGCAUUGAGCACCGUUGGAAACCGCCAGUUGUUGGCCGACGCACGGAGAUUACUAUAGCAUUGCGCGCGAACAGUGUGAUGCGCGAAGAGAGCAAAGCAAACUGGUCGAAAGAUUUACCAGAACAUUUGUUGUGCGUUCAGGCUGAGUGGCAGGAAUUGGUGCGCGAAAUUGGUGAGUUGGCCGCACGGGAUCUGCUGGUGCAAUCAAUUGCGCCUGCUAUCAGAGGCAUGUACCCAGUCAAGUUGGCCAUUGCGCUUGCGCUAGCAUCCUGUGCCGAGCGGUUGGUUGACCCAGAAGACACGAUUAGUGGGGCCACUGUGCGUGGUCACUCUCAUUUGCUGCUUGUAGGAGAUCCUGGCUUGGCUAAAUCACAGUUGCUCAAGUUUGCUUCAGAAAUUGCAAGCCGCGCUGUGUUUACCACUGGUAUGGGCUGCUCCUCGGCGGGGCUGACAGCGGCCGCGGUGAAAGACGAAGGAGAGUGGCAACUAGAAGCUGGUGCACUCGUCCUAGCGGACGGUGGGGUAUGUUGCAUUGACGAGUUCAAUCUUAUGCGUGAAACCGAUAAAGCCUCCAUCCACGAAGCGAUGGAGCAGCAAACGAUUAGCGUGGCCAAAGCGGGCAUGGUCUGUAAGCUUAGCACGCGAUGUGUCGUUCUGGCCGCCACUAAUCCAAAGAAUCUCUACACAAUGUCCCACGGAGAAGGCAUGUCGGCGGCUAAUAUAGGCAUCGGGGGUCCGUUGCUUUCUCGCUUCGAUAUGGUGUUAAUUUUGCAAGACAUUCGGGCACCCGACUGGGAUGCGGAUAUAGCGAACCAUCUGCUGGCACUUGCUGUAACGGACAACGAACGGAAAAGCUUCGAUAACACCACCAGACAUGUGGAUCGCGUAGCUUAUUGGGAUUUGGAAAAAUUACAGCUCCAUUUCGCUGCCAUUAAAGAUAUUCAUCCGAGAGUUUCGCACCAGGCGAACAUCAUCCUGGGAGCGUACUACAAAGCGUGCCGUUUAGAUCCGUUUCGAGAUCCUACGCGUACGACGAUACGUCUGUUGGACAGUCUGUUUAGGUUGGCGCAAGCACAUGCAAGGCUACUGUUUCGCUCGGAGGUUACACCGAUCGAUGCGAUCACUGUCAUCCAGCUGAUGGAAGCUAGCUGGGGUUUCGGAAAAAUUGGCAUUGUUACACACGAUCUAAUUAAAGCAGAUCUACCACUUGGACCGGAACAAAACUUCAUCGAUCGCCUGUUACAUGCACUAAAUCUGCAUAACGAUUUGCAAGAUUCAAUAAUUGUGCGUCCUGUCGAUGCGAACAUUCUUCGGCGGUAUCACCGCGAAAUGAUAGCAAAACAGCAACAGAAGCAAGCGGAUCAACAAAUAUCCCAAGUAGGCUGUUCCACGAUCACCGAUCGCGACGUAAGCAGUCAGCUUGCAGUGAGUAGCAGUUUACCACUAUCCAAUGUUUGUGUUACAUCGACACAGUUCACAGAGAAUAUACGUCAGGGCGGACAGGAUACUACUUUCCAAUCUCCUUCUGCACAGUCCAAGUACGGCUUUCAUGCGAAGGUGAAUUUCAAAAAGCUGCGGAAUGCUGCAAUAACAGAUGCAUCAAAAGAAUACAAUGAUACAAGCACGGUAACUACGAGUACCAGUGGAUUAACACGGAAACGAAAACAUGCACCGAGCGAAGUUGAAGAAGAUCUGUCCGUGAAAUUACCGCUGAAUGAAGCGGCCCUGGGGAAUUUACUGGGAUCUUUGCGUAAUAAUUUUACUAGUGGAAUGCUAUCAAUCGACAGGUAAUCGAACAAGACGCAAAGUAAGGACGCUUCAUUCAGCGCAUUAUUGGAUACAAGUAAAAUAUUUGACGACGAUGAUGAUGACUUCGUGAACGAACUCAAAGACGAUCUCGAAUCAGCACGCCCAUUGAGAAUGGAACCGUUAGAGGUGAUUCCAAUAAAAGAUCCUUCCGGUACGGUUUCAAACACGACGCAAUUAGUACCAACAAUCGAAGCUGAUCCACCAGCGGUCGAACAUCGAAGUCAACCGUUUAGUAUCGAUGCGGCUGAUUCAAUCGUACCAAAACCGAGCAGGGGAGAAGUUUGUUUAGCACUGGAUGACACAAUUCCCAAUACGCUAGGUACUAUCAAUGGAAAUGAUAUCCCGGAUGAUUGCUCAAAUCUAUCAGCGUAUCAAUUUAAACGAUCAAAACCACGCACAUGCCCUGUGGAAGUUACAUCGUCGCCUACAGUACCCGCAUCUAUUAGCGCCCCACAUGAUGUAGACGACCUUCUAAACUUCCAAAUCGAAGCCUCUGGAGAAAUUCCACUGCUCUGCGAUGCUGUGCCGCCAACGGCCAAUAUCUCUUACGUCCCGGGAGUGCGCACUCAGACACGUGAAAAGCUGCAACAAUUUGAAUUUCAACCGAAAAAGCCUGAACCACCGCGCAUGCCGAUAGAGGAUGAUAGUGCGUACGAGUCUGUCAUACGAGACGAAUCAUUGCGGCAUGAUCCUCGUAAGCCGACAUCGGCUAGCGCAGAAGAAAGCGUUUCACAGUACAGCGGUCUUUUUGAUUGUAAUGAAAACAGAAAUGCAGAUUUUGAGUUGCAUUUACUAGACAUUGAGUUGUAGGGACCUUGUAGCCAUUAGCAACACCUGUGAUAUUUAUUGAUUUUCUU